UUUUUUUCCUCUUAGAUUCCAGUGCCUAUUGGAUUUUUAUCAAAAAAAAAAGUUUAUGGUAUAAAAUUACUUAUACUGUCGAUGUAGAUCCAGUACAAUGAUUCAGUAGAAGACCACAGAUCAGGCACGAAGGAGCCUGGCUACUGAAGGAUGAACGGUGAGGAAGAAUUCUUUGAUGCCGUCACAGGCUUUGAUUCUGAUAACUCUUCUGGGGAAUUUUCAGAGGCAAAUCAGAGAGUCACUGGAGUGAUUCGUGUGGACACCAGCAAAAGUAAUGGGAUUGGCAAAGUUGGGGAGAGACCCCCUCAAGAGAAUGGACUUCAAAAGCACAGGACGUCCUUACCUGCCCCAAUGUUCACCAGAAGCGAUUUCAGUGUGUGGAGCAUAUUGAAGAAGUGCAUUGGCUUGGAGCUGUCCAAGAUCACGAUGCCCAUCGCCUUCAACGAGCCUCUGAGUUUUCUGCAGCGGAUCACGGAGUAUAUGGAGCACGUGUACCUCAUUCACAAAGCCUCCCGCCAGCCACAGCCGCUAGAGAGGAUGCAGUCUGUAGCUGCCUUUGCGGUUUCGGCUGUGGCUUCCCAGUGGGAGAGGACCGGCAAGCCGUUCAAUCCACUCUUGGGAGAGACGUACGAAUUGAUCAGGGAAGAUUUAGGAUUCAGAUUUAUAUCCGAACAGGUCAGCCACCACCCCCCCAUUAGUGCAUUUUAUUCCGAAGGCCUCAGUCAGGACUUCCUGUUCCACGGCUCCAUCUACCCGAAGCUGAAGUUCUGGGGGAAGAGCGUGGAGGCGGAGCCCCGGGGCACCAUCACGCUGGAGCUUCUCAAACACGAUGAAGCCUACACCUGGACCAACCCUACCUGCUGUGUCCACAAUGUGAUUAUUGGGAAGCUCUGGAUAGAGCAGUAUGGAACGGUGGAAAUUUUAAACCACAGAACUGGAGAUAAGUGUGUGCUUCACUUCAAACCCUGUGGAUUGUUUGGAAAAGAACUUCACAAAGUGGAAGGGCACAUUCAAGACAGAAACAAAAAGAAGCUCUUUAUGAUCUACGGCAAGUGGACAGAGUGUUUGUGGGGCAUAGAUCCUGUUGCAUACGAGUCCUUCAAGAAGCAGGAGAGGAGAGGCGACCACCUGAAGAAGGCGAAGCCCACGGACAACGGCUCUGAGAAGGCUGAUGGCGACGUGGUGGAUGCCGUGCCUGAGGUUCAGGAGACUGUGCAGGUCAUUCCAGGCAGCAAGCUACUCUGGAGGGUCAACACUCGGCCCCCCAACUCUGCCCAGAUGUAUAAUUUCACCAGUUUUACUGUUAGUCUCAAUGAGCUGGAAACUGGCAUGGAGAAGAUCCUGGCUCCCACAGACUGCCGCCUGCGCCCCGACAUCCGAGGCAUGGAGAAUGGCAACAUGGACCUGGCAAGCCAGGAGAAGGAGCGGCUGGAGGAGAAACAGAGGGAGGCCCGGAGGGAGCGAGCCAGAGAGGAGGCCGAGUGGCAGACGAGGUGGUUUCACCAGGGCAGUAACCCCUACACUGGGACCCCCGACUGGUUGUACACGGGGGGCUACUUUGAGCGGGACUACUCAAGCUGCCCAGAUAUCUACUGAGGGACCGGUGUGGCCCCGGGACCCGGAGACCGAGAGGCUGGACUCCGUCAAGUGGCUACUCAGAGCUUCGGUCUCGGCAGAAACCAGCUUUUCUAAGGACCGUGUUCAUGGAGACGGCACCAUCCCUGGUCGAGGACUUAAUUCUAAUUAACUUUUGAUUGCCAAACAUUUUACUACUGUUGCAGUCUCUUCAUAAAGCUUCACUUGGAUCAUCAUGUUUCAUUAAGGUUUGAAAAGGAAAAUUCUUUGCAGUUCCCUUUUAUGUGACGGAAAUUAGUUGGGCUUGUUUAGCUCAUAGCACCCUCUUAAUUACAAAACUUAUAACUAAAGGAAGUAACAGGAAGGGUCUGUACUCCUCCUUAGAUACAGUGGCAAAGGGCGUCUGAAAGUAUUUUAAAUUUGGACCAAUAACAGGAAAAGAUGGAUCUUGAAAAUAGUCCUGCAAAGAGCUUUAUACAGGCCAGGAAUUGCUCUCUAAAUUAUGGUAAUACAAAAGUGAAGAUUCUCAAAGCAUCAGAUUGAAUGAAAUGAAAAGUUGUCAGAUUCUGUAUUUUUUACCGUUCUCCAAUAAUGUAAAGAUUACUUUUAAAAUAUUUAAGUUAAAACUACUUGAAUAGUGUUUUGCUGAAGAGCAAGAUAUGCAUUAAUCACCAAUUGUAUUCUGUCCAAAAUGAAGCAUUACCAUGACAACCUAGGGUGGCCAGAAACAGAGUUGCUGUCGGAAAGUCCCCAGCUGCUCCCAGCCUUGAAGGGAGCUCCGCCUCUGGCCAUGUCUGCUCCUCUUGUCACCAGGGCUUCAUUGUCACUGCGGGCCAAGCCCAUGUCACAAAGUGAGAGUCAUUUCUUAAAACAUUUCACCUGCACCCACAGCACUCCUGUGUUUUUGUUUUUCCCAGCAUGCAUGUUUAAAAUAAAAGUGAAUCACAUCUGGUGUGCACUGUGGGAGGAUCAGAAGCAGAAUCGACUUACAGUGGUGUAAUUAAAGUUAUUUAACAAAAAAAUAGGUGUAUGUCCAUCUCAGCAUAUGUCUUUAUCAAGUGACUGUUUUCUUUCUGUAGAAAUGUCAAUGCCAUAGAUCAUGGUAGAGCCCUUUGAAUCGAAGACAGUCUGCUGCGUGUGCACACACAUGCAUACACAUGCAUACACACGUGCACACACGCACACCACACACAAUUGUAUGGAGUGGUGGGUUCUCAAUGAGAGCGUCGUCAUUGUGUGUCCAGGCUUCAAAAUCACGUUUGUAAUUAAAACACUUUUAAAA